ACUAGUUCAUUCAUUCGUUGCCGUGUGAGUGUGCACGCACGUUGCUGUCACGACUUCACGUAUUCAUUUUCGUCAUUGAAAUAGUCUAAAUUGUGGUGAGCGAACGUCGCGGUAAUCUUACUUAACUCAAAAUAUACAAAAAUCAAACAUGGGUGUCCCUGCAGGAAACGCUGAAAACGGCAAGAAAAUCUUUGUCCAAAGAUGUGCCCAGUGCCACACUGUUGAAGCCGGUGGCAAACACAAAGUAGGUCCCAACCUACACGGUUUCUGGGGUCGCAAGACUGGCCAGGCUCCCGGCUUCUCAUACUCAGAUGCCAACAAGUCCAAAGGUAUCUCAUGGGGUGAGGACACCCUUUUCGAAUACCUGGAGAACCCCAAGAAGUACAUCCCUGGUACCAAGAUGGUGUUCGCCGGUCUGAAGAAGCCCAAUGAACGCGCAGACCUCAUCGCCUACCUAAAAGAAGCUACUAAGUAAAUUUACAAAGACAUAGGACAAAUUUCGUUUAAAAUAAGAGGUAUUUUCCAGUUUAUUUGGAAUAUAUUUCUUAUUUUUUAGCCCAAUCAGUAUCAUCAAUCGUAUUUAGCAAUAUUAAGUUGCGUGAUACACUUAGUAUAUAGUUCACAUGUCAUAUUCUUAGCUGUUAUAUACAAUUAUGUGAGUACAAGUUACAGUGUGGAGUGUAUUACAAUCUGUAUACUCUUUGAUGUUAUGAGUGGAUUACUGUUAUUAAAUUAUUAACUAGACUCCC